UAUAUAAGUUCAUACAUUGUGCAACACAAUAUCAGCAAAAAGAAAAAAAAAUUAUGGGAUUGUUUUCCGCCAGAAAACCAGUGUUUCCAUUUCCUCCUCGUUUCUGUGUUUUCUUGUUGCUUUUCAUCCUCGUCUUUCUUGUCCUUAUUCAGUUGGACAACAUGGCUACUCAAACUAAAACAGUUAUUGGACAUAACUUACAACCAACUCCAUGGCAUUUAUUCCCACCCAAGGCUUUUCAAAACGAGACCAAGAUCGCUCGAGCAUCUAAAUUCGUCAGAUGCUCUUAUCUUUCGUGUAAAACGGAAUCUAGCAAUGGUCAGGCAACUUUCACUCAUGAAUCAGAACAAUGUCCCAAGUUUUACAGAUGGAUACAUCAUGAUCUUGAGCCAUGGGCGAAAACUAGGAUUUCGUAUGCAAAUUUAAUGGAAGCUAAGAAAUUUGCUUCCUUGAGGAUUAUAAUUAUUGGUGGGAAAUUGUAUGUAGAUUAUUAUUAUGAUUGUGUGCAGAGCCGGGCUUUGUUUACGGUUUGGGGGCUGUUACAGCUUCUUAAAAGGUUUCCAGGAAGUAUCCCGGAUGUGGAUAUAAUGUUUGAUUGUAUGGAUAGGCCUAUUGUUGACAGGAAUGCCCAUUCUGCUAUGCCUUUGCCGGUUUUUCGUUACUGCACCACGCCUAAUCAUUUUGAUAUCCCAUUUCCUGAUUGGUCUUUUUGGGGUUGGGUAGAAGUUAACCUGGGACCUUGGCAAGAGGAAUUUAAAAGCAUUAGAAAAGGUUCACAAAUAAUUAGUUGGGAAAAGAAGUUCCCGUAUGCAUAUUGGAAAGGAAAUCCAGAUGUUAAUUCCCCAAUUCGAGAACAUUUGUUGCUCUGUAAUGACACAGAUAAGUGGGGAGCACAAAUAAUGCGUCAGAAUUGGGCACAAGAAAUAUUGGACGGGUUCAAGAAUUCCAAACUAUCUAACCAGUGUAAUCACCGAUAUAAAAUAUAUGCUGAAGGAUAUGCUUGGUCUGUAAGCUUAAAGUAUAUUCUGUCAUGUGGUUGUGUUCCUCUUAUAAUCAACCCGAAGUAUGAAGAUUUCUUCAGCCGAGGCCUUUCCCCAAUGAGAAGUUACUUGCCUAUCUCCCCCGAAAACAUAUGUACAUCCAUUAAAACUGCAGUCGAAUGGGGAAAUUCACACCCAUCUGAGGCAAAGGCAAUAGGAAAAGCAGUGCAAGAUUAUAUGGAGCAAUUAAAUAUCGACAGAGUAUAUGACUAUAUGUAUCAUUUGAUUACCGAGUAUGCAAAGUUGCUGGAUUUUAAGCCAACUCGUCCUUCAACUGCUCUAGAAGAAUGUACUGAUUCCCUUCUUUGCUAUGCUGAUGAAACCCAACGUGGAUUCCUUGAAAAGUCAGCUGCUUCCCCUUCACUAACCCCUCCUUGCAAACUCCCUGCUCCAAAUUUUGAAAUGAUUAAGAAACAAAUUGAUGCCAAAAACUUUAUUUUAAGUAAAGCUCAACUAAUAUUUUAACUACUAAAGCUUAUCUAUUGUGUAGUGUAACUUGUUCUUUAGUCAUUCACUAGGCAUGUGUAAUUGUAAUGUGGACAUACUAUUUAAUACAGUAUGAUUCAAUUAGUAAAA